AUGAAUAAUGAACGAAAAAUCAUCGAUAUCCGGUCUUCCAAAGUGGAAGACACCAUAUACCAACAAAUAAUGGACAGCAUCCGGAAGGAAACUCGCACACUCCCCAUUCUCAUUCUUUAUAGUACUGAAGGGUUGCAACACUGGAAUACUCAUUCCCAUGCGCCAGAUUACUACCCCAGACAUGAAGAGCUGCAUAUUCUCAAUACUCAGGCUCAAAGCAUAGCGGAAUCCAUAGAAAAUGAAACCGCUAUUGUGGACCUUGGAAGCGCGAGCCUCGACAAAGUGAUCGUCCUACUCGAUGCACUGGAGAAGCAGAAAAAGAAUGUCACUUAUUAUGCCCUGGACCUAAGCCACUCAGGGCUGGUGUCGACUCUCAAGACGAUACCGAUGGGAAGGUAUAAUCACGUCCGUUGCGCUGGCCUUCACGGCUCAUUCGAGGAUGGGCUUGAAUGGAUAAAAACAGAUCCCGAGGUUCGAGGCCUGCCGCACUGUGUGCUUUUCCUUGGCUCAACGAUUGGCAACUUCUCCAGAAAAAAUGCUGCCAGCUUCCUGGCAAAUGUAGCAGCCACUUCACUAUCUGCGCAACCCAAUAAGAGCUCCAUUCUUAUUGGAAUUGACUCUUGCAAGGUACCCAUCAAGGUACUGCGAGCAUACACGUCGGAGGGCGUAGUACCUUUCACCAUGUCGGGCCUCAGGUACGCGAGCUCGAUCCUGGCGGAGAACAAUACAUCAGAUGGUUCUAGGACCGAGGUCUUUGAAGUUAAUGACUGGUACUAUCUGAGCGAAUGGAACCAAAUCCUCGGUCGGCACGAGGCGUCGUAUACACCGCGGACGAGAGAUAUCCGGUUAGGAUCGCCAUUGCAGGAUGUGGUAGUCCGAAAAGGGGAGAAAAUUCGUUUUGGCUAUAGCCACAAAUACGACAAAGGCGAACGAGAGCAGCUGUUUGCAGGUGCAGGCGUAACAGCAGUGAAUUCCUGGACCGACCCAACCUGCGAUCUAGCGUUUUACCGGCUCAAGAUCCUAGGGCAUGAGGCCGAAGACGGAAGUGGCCUCCAAGAGUGA